CGGUGUAGUUCCCCGUUCCGUUGCUAGGGGACGGUGUGGGUCACCAUGCUGAUACCGUAAUAUGGCGGUCUGAUGUAAGCAUAAUGCGAGUUUUAGCCUCAGUGAAAACAACGCGGGUGAUGUUUAUAUUUCGCCGUUCAAGAAAGAAUAACGGCCGGUUUAAUAUUUCCGGUUUGUCUCCGCGGCUCCGGUGAUCUUCCCCGGUGUCGUACCCGGUAGCGGAGUUUGGGAUUCGAUCCCGAGUGGCCAGGUUCUAGCUUCCCGGUUUCGGUACGAGGCUUUUCAGCCUUCGCCACCGAGGAAGAAGCCUCAAAUUCAUGCAGGCAGCAGAGUCAGAGUGAGAAGAAGCUUGGUCCAUACGUGAGAAGGCAUCUGACCCCUGCACCAGAAACCCCGGGCCUAUGGAUCCCAUUGGCUCCCAACAAGGGCCGGAGAAGUUGUCAAAGCAGUGUUGCAAUUUAUCACCCAGCUCCAAAGGACGGCAACGGAAGGUUAAUCCAAAAUAUUCAGAAUAUGAAACUGAUGGCCUGUAUGGGGGCAAAGAGGGGCAAAAGCAACGUAGAAAGAGCCCAGAAGCAGCUUCUAAAAAGACUCCGGCAAAGAGGGGGAAAGCUAAGAAUGCCACACAACAGACUGAAGAUGGGGAAAAAGAGCCUGAAGGCAAAACCUCUCAGGAAACUCCUGAAAAGGCCGUGAGAGCCAGGAAGACCCCGACUAAAAAGACUCCAGCCAGGAAGACCCCCAAAAAAAAGACUCCGGCCAAGAAGACCCCGACUAAAAAGACUUGCACCAAAAGAACUCCUGCCAAAAAAACUCCUACCACCGAUGGGGGACUCGCAACUGGGGAGGGUGGCAUUGUAGACGCCGUGCAGCAGGAAAACGGGACACCAAAGCCAAAGAGAAAGUAUGUGAGGAAGCAGCCGGCACCGGAACCAGAUCCAGAAUCGCCAUGUCAGGAGGCUCAAGGGGAACCGGAGGAGACCACGGCGAGUGGCCGCCACAGGAGAGGAGCUGCUAAAGCGGCAUUGAAGUACCUUCACAUUUUUGCAAAAGAAGCGCUGAGUCAUCCCAAUGAUGAGUCAGGUUCCCAGGCCGAAGACGCCGAUGAUGUCACUUGCAAACACUCGCUCAAAGAGCAGAAAGGACGCAGAGUGACUAAAGGCCGAAAGAGGAAACGUCCUGCCUCUGACUCUGAUGCUGCAGAAGAUGAGGACUUUGUUCCAGGUGUUGAAGAAGAUGAGGACGUGGAAGAAGAAGAGGAAGAGGAAGAAGCAGAGGACUCAGAUUCAGAUUCAGAUUUGGGGGCAGGUGGAAGAAGUCCAGGAGCUUUCCACGUCAACAGACAGGGAGGCUCGAAAAAGAAAGCCGCCAACGGCCUCGUCGCCAGCGCCAUGAAUGUAGUUUGCGAAUCCACUGACACGACCAAGAAGUUCCGAGAGGAGCACUACAGCAGCUGGGUGUUCCCAGAGUGGGUCCCCUCCAGCAGUCACUGGCACCCUGUACCACAAAGUGAUAUGGAGAGAUACCUGCCUCAGGAGCUUCAGUCAGCUGCUUUCAGAGUGUCUAGAGAAGGCCUCAGUAAGGAGGAGACGCAUCUGCAGAGACUCAGCAGGUUCACAGCAGUGCCUUCUCACCCGGAUCGCUGGGACAUGCUGCUGUAUGCAGGUGGGCCGGUCUGGGCCAUGGAGUGGUGUCCUACGCCUGACGGUGCUCCGGCAUCCCAGUACCUCGCUCUGGCCUGCCAUCGAGGGAUGGACGACCAGCACUAUGUCAACAAGAUGUACUCUGGAUCUGGACUCAUUCAGUUGUGGGACCUGGGCAUGCUGGAGUACAACAGCAGACCGGACUCCCAGCCAGCCUUUGCCUACGGCUUGGCCCAGGACAAAGGCUUCAUCUGGCAACUGAAGUGGUGUCCUGCUGGAGGCUGGGAGCUUCCCAGCUGUGGCAGAAAGGCUCCUUUCCUGCCCCGACUGGGUCUUCUGGCAGUCGCCACCUCCACUGGUGUGGUCACCAUUUACAGCCUGCCCCACCCUGACGCUCUGCACCGCAACAGGAAGCAAGCCAACUCUGGAAAAGCCAGCGAACAGUGGCCGAUAUACCAGGCACGAGGAGUGUUAACACUGAAGCUGGGCUCCUUCAAAGCCCCUCGCCAUCAGAGGAGUGGACAAGUCCUGUCUAUGGAUUGGUUGCCUCAAAAACCACACAAUAUAAUGGCUAUUGGAUUUUAUGAUGGUGUAGUGGGUCUUUGGGAUCUGUCCACCAAGUCUUCGCUGUUGCGGGUGCGAGAGCCAGGCGAGUCCCUCAGCCUGCUGCCCUAUCGCUGCCUCCUGGCUCACGACCACGCUGUCCGGGCCCUGGCCUUCUGUCCCGCCUCCAGAUACCUGUUGGUGACAGCCGGAGAAGACCGCUAUGUGAAGACAUGGGAUCUGAGGAGGCUCCAUGAUCCCAUCACCGUGCAGAAACGCUAUCUAACCAAUGAGAUCUACUGGCCCCUGAAUGGACCGGGCCUCCUUUUGGCCCAGGAGAACGCCUAUGCACCGUACGCUUCACAGGGAGUGCAUUACUUUGACCAUAGCAUGCGCACCGUCUUCGCAAUUCCUCGGACAGGCACAGUGUGGUCCUUGUCUUUCACUGACUGGAUGAACAGUGUUGUGACAGCAGACAGCUUUGGCGAGGUGAUCUUCUCCCUCUUACCUCAGAUAUGCUUCACUCCUCAAUACCUCAAACGCACAAUAGAGAGACGUUUUCCUGUCUACAUUACAACUCUGUUGCCUCACGGUACAAGUGAAGAAGAGAAUCCAGAGACAGGAGGAGUGGAGGACGGACAUGCUGCUGAAGAGAAGGAAGGUGGAGAGACAGAAGGACCGAAUGCCGAAUCUGAAGGAGGGAAUGAAAACGAUAAUAGAAAUGGAGAAAGCGGAGAAGGCGGAGAAAGAGGUAGAAGGGAAAAAGGUCCCCCUCUGAGGUUGCAGACGUACAAAGAGGCUGUGAAGAGAUACUGCCUCCUCUAUACAGACUUUAAUAUGCGGACCUUCAAAGACAGCGAGAAGCAAGCUGUGUGGAAACACAUGAAAGACACUGAGGUGAAGAGAAAGCUGAACCUGGAUGACUUGCCAAUAGCUGCACUACACAAGGUGCGUUUCAACCCGAACAUGUGCUGCCAUACCUGGGUGGUGUCCGCGGGCCAGACGGGGCUGGUCCGACUCAACUGUCUGAGGACUAUGAUCACCUCUCACGCCAAGAAGAUAAUAAGCGAGAACCAGGCCCAGUUCAACGCUCUGUACUCUCCAAAAGAGCAGGAGAAGGCCAACCAGACUGGGACAGACGAGCUAUAGCAAGAGUUCAGAAUCACAAGGUGGAUCACAAAAACACAAAGCCUGCAAAAAGUUUUUUUAAGAAUGAUAAAAAAAGAACUAUACAUAUUUCAUCAGCACCUACUGUAUACUGUAUACAUUUUCUGUUUUUCAACUGGGUUUAAUACUGUUUUAAGUGUUUAAAGGCCAGCGAUGAUAUCAAACAAUGGUUGAUUUGCGGGUUUUAUGGCAUUUCUUCAACAACAGUAUCAAUAAUACUCUUUCAUGAACUCUGACCCUGUUGUUCAAAUUCUGCCUGGAUUUGCUCCAGGUUAAUUGAGAACCACAGGUAAGAGUUUCCAUCUACAACCUCACCACCUCCACGCUCUUAAGCUUUAGUUUCCACAGACUGAACACAUUAUACAUAGCUCCAAAUUAUCAUCUAGAGUUACAGUUUAUUUGCUUCCAAGAAGUUUCAAGAGCUGGCAAUUGGUGCCUUGCCUAAAUGUAUCACUAUUAGCAUUUUCCACUUUUAUUAUUGAGAGUAUUGAUUCCAAAUGGGUCAAGUGGGGUUUUCAGUUUCUCCAGUUUCUCUUAUUUGGCAUACACAUUGCCAACAUGGCAGUAUAUCCAUUCUAUAUAUACAACAACUUGAAAUUUUAAUUAUCAGCUAUAAAACCAACUUCUCUCAGGAACAGUAAUCAAUACCUCUAGUUUUUUUUUUUAAUUGAUGACAACUAAACAAAAUCUUGUUUUUGCUGACCGCCAUUGGUUACAGUUGUGUAGAGCGAUGUAGACGUGUACUUCAGGGUGUGUCGGUACGAUGUGACAUCACUUUAGGGUGUGGUUACAGAUGCAACAGACUUGAAUCUUUUGUUUUUUGUUUUUAUUCUAAAAAAAGUGAAUACAUUCAAAGUACCAACAACAGGAAUCCUAUUUAUUUCUACUUCUGUUCUAAUGCAAAGCAGACGUUACUCAUUUGUUUUCUAUUUGUCACUAUUUGGUGCAGAAGUCCAAGCGACAGUGUUUCUGAUCACAACAUGAAAGAUAUGAAGGACUGAGUUGCAAAAUGUGAGAAACUGGGUAAACUUAAAGCCUUCAGGCCUUGUCUCGUAACUUAUUUUAGCAAAGUUAUUAUUUUGUAAUCCGCAAGACAUUCCACAGUUUGUUUAUUUGUGUCCGCAGCAACGAGCAGACGUUGUUUCAUUUUUAUUUUCUUCUUCUUCUUCUUCUUUUUUUUUUACUGUGCCUUAAAGAUAACCUUUCUAAUUUUGACCCCAUAAGUUUCAAAACAUCAACCGCCAGUUGGGAAACAUUGUAACUAUAAAGGAAUAGUUCACCAAAACAAAAUAUAUAAAUAGUUUACAGUACUAACGUCCCUGUGGGCGCCUACAUGAAGACGGGAAAACAGGUCAUUAAACGUCGGACAAAACGUUCCUUCCUGCGCAACAUUAUCCAAGUGUCCAAACACGGAAAUCCAAACACAACUUCUGUAUUUUUUGCUUAACUAUUGCUAAACAAAGCAUAUUUGAAUUAUCUUUCGGUGACUGGGAAAUGCGUUGUUUAGCAAUAGUUCAGCAAAAAUAGUUGUUUGGAUUUCCACUAAUUGAUACAAGACACUCGGAUAAUGCUGCACAGGACGUCUUUUCGAGGCUUUAUAACCUCUUUUUUUUUAACAGAAAUGUUUUCAUUUUUCGGGGCUCCUCUAUCCUGAAAGCCAUUUGCUAAAGAAAACUUUUUUCUGGGACCAAAGAGAGCGAGGCACGAGGUGAGUACUACUGUGUACACAAUCUAUAUAGUUUUUGUGUGAACUACUCCUUUAAAGCUAUUUGUAAUUGCAAAUUCUCUCUUGUAUCAUGUCAAGAACAACUCAGGCUAUAACUGAGGGGAAAUACUUGAAACUUUUUUUAAUUGCAACAGCUGGAUGUAAUCUUUAUAAAUGACAGAUUGUAGACUUUUUUCAUUAUUCUUUUAUUUACUUGUUGGACAUAUUCCUGCUGUUGUUCUGAUUCAAAGGUUUUGAUUAGUUAUUUAAGAAUUAGAACAGCUGCACUGUGACGUGACCUAAUUUAUUGGUCAGUGUCUACAAAACAAAUUGGAAAGUGUCGCUGUUGUUUACAGCCGCAGCUGUCUCUUUUUUAGAGGUUGUGUAAAGUGUGUUUUCCUCUAAGUUAAAUUAGGGGAUUAAAAUGUCGGACUUGUUUAGUUUCUUUCAAUUACAAAUCUCAUCGGCAGUUUCAGAAUGAUGGUGAGUAAUAAUGAUCAUAAAAGCAUCAAAAUGUGCAGCGCUUACUCUUGUGGUGUUUUCCUCUUUUGUUAUUUUUGAAAUGUCACGCAUAAUAAAUGUUUUUGUAACAGAAAAAUAUUUGAAUCAAUAUAAAAUAAAGUCGAGGGUGAAAGUUCA